UCCGCUGGGGGCGUGCUGGCAGCGGCCACGGGCCCUCGGAGAGGUGAGCGCUGGCGCCCCGCGGGUCCUGUGCUCGGAGACGGGACUCGAAGUAGGACCUACGGCGCGCCCGAGUCUCCCACCUCCUCCCCCGAGCGCGGGCCGGCGGGUGGAACGCCCCGCGGACUCUCACUGGGCACCCACCCGGCUGCGGGAGCGCGAGGCGCCGCUACUGUGGCCAUGGGCAGCUUCCAGCUGGAGGACUUCGCGGCGGGCUGGAUCGGAGGUGAGCCCGGCCCUGGAUGGGAGGGAGCCCCCCCACCCCCACUCCGGAGGUGCAGCCAGCGUCAUUGUCGGUCACCCUCUGGACACGGUCAAGGUACUUCAACCACGUUUGCCAUUACCUCUUGGAAGGGGGCCUGGAACUCGCCUGCAGGCCGGCGUCAACUACGGGGACACCAUCAGCUGCAUCCGCACGGUGUACAGGAGGGAGAGUGUCUUCGGCUUCUUCAAGGGCAUGUCCUUUCCCCUUGCCAGCAUCGCGGUCUACAACUCUGCGGUGUUUGGGGUCUUCAGUAACACGCAGAGGUUCCUCAGCCAGCACCACUGCAGGGAGCCCGGGGCCAGCCCGUCCGGCACCCUGUCUGACCUUCUCCUGGCCAGCAUGGUGGCUGGCGUGGUCUCUGUGGGGCUGGGCACGCCCGUAGACCUCAUCAAGAUCCGGCUGCAGAUGCAAACACAGCCAUUUCGGGAAGCCAACCUUGGUUUGAGACCCAGGGCGAUGACUCUUGGGAAGCCACCAGUCUACCAGGGGCCUGUGGAUUGCAUUGCAACCAUCGUGCGGACCGAGGGCCUGGCAGGGAUGUACCGGGGUGUUGGUGCCAUGCUGCUGAGGGAUGUCCCAGGCUAUUGCCUCUACUUCAUCCCCUAUGUGUUCCUGAAUGACUGGAUCACACCCGAGGCCUGCACAGGCCCCAGCCUCUGUGCUGUGUGGCUGGCAGGCGGCAUGGCAGGAGCAAUUUCUUGGGGGACAGCGACUCCUAUGGAUGUCGUGAAAAGUCGACUCCAAGCUGAUGGGGUUUAUUUAAACAAAUACAAAGGUGUCCUGGAUUGUAUCUCCCAGAGUUACCAGAAGGAAGGUCUUAAAGUAAGCCCCACAGUAGUCAUACGGGGUCAGUGUCAGUCCCUGGAAGGUGGGCCAGACGUUUGGGGGGUAUGUGAGGUUACAGAGAGGGGAAUCAGGAAACUAAAGUGCUCACAGUUACCAUAUCAAGCACGACUUGAGAUUCUUGUCUCAUUUAGUCCUUGCCGCAGGCUGGUGGAGGAGACAGAGGUUCAGAGAGGACUAGUAACCUACCUGAGGUCACACAGCUGGUGCAUGGCAGAGCCAGGGCCUAGACCCACAUCUGUGUGUCACCAAAGCUUCUCUUUCAUAGGGAUAGGCUGAGAGCUGCUUCCUCACUCACUGCUCAGUGCCUCACUCUCCUGCAAGCUGGGGGCCCCAGAGCUACCUGAGUCAUCACAUCUCCCAGUGUCUGGUCACUUGGUCUGUCUUCUCUCUCAUCCCACUUGAGUCCUUACACCAUCACCUCUGGUCUCAACUAUGAGGCAGCCUCCAACAUGGCCUUGUCUCCCUUCUCUUUCCUCUUCCCUGCACCCAAAGGGCUCAUUUAAACCCAUGCCUCUUCCAGUCAGCAGACUCGAGUUUAAAGGCAGCCUGGCAGCCUGAGCUGGGGGGAACAUCCAGGCAAGUUGCUUCACUGCUCAGCCUCUGUUUUUCCAAGGAUAAUCAUCCCUACCGUGAACAAGGGGGAUAUUUGUCAGUGAAAUACAAAAAGUGCCUAGCUUCGUGCGUAACACAGUAUAUUUAAAAAGAGCUACUUGUCAUUGGCUUUAGUAUUAGUUUAAUUAGUGCAAAUGUCACUACUGAGCAUUGGGUCUUUGCUUAUAUGUGUCGCAUCCCCAAAUAUAUGCAUACGUAUAUAUGUAUAUAUGUAUGUGGAUGGAUAGAUAAUUUUUUUUUUUUUUCUUCAAUGGAGUACUGGAACUUCUCUGGAAACCUGGACUUCCACAAAGCCUCUUUUGUCUGCACAUACAUCUACAUGUACAUGUAUAUGUAUGCAUACACAGACACACACACACACACACAUAUAUAUACACACAUAUACUUAUAUAUAUAUGUAUAUGUAUAUUUGGCUUCAGUGGAGUGCUAGAACUUCUCUGGAAACCUGGACUUCCACAAAGGCAGUAGUCAGUAGUAGUCAGUAGGUGACUAACCAAGGCAGUGUUCUCCAGGUGCUCCCAGACAGCAACUGAGGGGGCUGGAGCCAGGUCAUACAUAGGCUGCUGCAGGUUCCACCGGCAGUACUGAGGUCUGUCUGCCUAGUACCUGAUACACAGAGGGACAGGACUCUGGGGUACUUGACAUGUGAUCCUGGAUCCCAUGACUCCCUCAGAGGCACCUGUCUUUGUGGAUGGAUGUCCAGUUUUUGUUGUUGAGGUGGGGUCAACACAGGGACAUCUUGUACUGCCAUGAUACUGACAUUACUCUAUGUAUUUACUUUUAUUGAGGUCUUUAUAUCUUCAUACAGCUUCAAGUUACUCUCUAGUGCCAUUUCAUUUCACUCUCCAGGACACCUUUGAACAUUUCUUGCAGGGUAGGUCUUGUGAUCAUGAACUCCUUCAGCUUUUGUUUAUCUGAGAAUGUCGUAAUUUCUCCCUCAGUCUUGAAGGAUAGUUUUGCUGGAUAUAGGAUUCUUGAUUGACUGUUUUUUCUUCUUUUAACACUGGAUAUGUUGACCUACUGCCUUCUUGUCUUUCAAGUUUCUAAUUAAUAAUCUGCUGGUAAACUUAUUGAGGAUUCUUUGUAUGUAAUGAGUUCCUUCUAUCUUCCUGUUUUUAAAAGUUUGAUUAUAAUGUGUCUUGGCUUGGAUCUCCUUAAGUUUAUUUUGCUUGGAGUUGGUUAAGCUUCUUUGAUGUUUAUAUUCAUGUCUUUCAUCAAAUUUAAGAAGUUUUUAGGAAGUAAUUUAGGAAGUUUUUGGCCUUUAUUAAGCAAGUUUUUAGCCUUUAUUACUCCAAAUAUUCUCUGCCCCUGUCUCCUUUUGCUUUCUGGGAUGUCCACAAUGCAUGUAUUGGUUUGUUUGAUAGUUUCCCACAGAUCCCUUAGGCUGUUUUCACUGUUCUUCAAUCUUGUUUCUAUUUCUCAAACUCAAUAAUUUCCGUUGUCAUAUUUUUAAGUUUGCUAAUUCUUUUUUCUGCCUGCUCAAAUAUACCUUUGAAUCCUUAUUGUGAAUUUUUCAUUCCAGUUAUUGUAUUUUCAGCUGCAGAAUUUUUGUGGGUUUUUUCUGGGUUUUCUGUUUCAUAUUGAUGUUUUUGUUUUUGUUCAUAUAUUAUUUUCUUGGUUCUCUCCACAUUUUCGUGUAGUCUUCAAGCAUCUUUAAGACCCUUGCUCUAAAGUCUUUGUCAUGUAAAUCUGCUGUCAGGUCUUUUUCAGGGACAAUGUCUCUUGACUUAUUUUUUCUUCUUCUUUAAAUGGACCAUACUUUCCUGUUUCCUUUGAGGCCUUGUUAUUUUUUAUUGGAAACCUGACAUUUGAAUCUAAUAAUGGGUUAACUCUGGAAAUCAGAUUUGGUGUCUUUUGUUAUUUUUGUUGAUUGUUACAUUUUUGUAAUUGUUUUAGGCGGUCUCUAUGCCAAAGAUCAGCCUGAAAUGUAAACUCGAGGUCUUUUCACGUCUUUUCUGAGCCUUUCUUUGGGUAUGCACGGUUACUUUCUAAUUUUCCCCAUACAUGCAGUUCCUUUUUAAUGUCAUAGUCUUUAAUGUCUAUCUCCCAAAGAGGAAAAAGAGAAAAACCAAGGGGGAAAGGGUCAUCAGCCAGAGGAGGAAGGGUUUGCAUCAGUGAAACAAUAAUGACUACCUCCCUGUUUACACCUCUGUGAUCAGAAGCAGCAGUCAGUGAUCAAAACAUAGAUCUCUAAUAUUUGGAGAACAGGGUCCUUAUUGCCCACUCUGGCUUCCAAAAGCUAUGUGUGCAGGUUGCUCCUCCAGCAUAAAUCCAGCUGCCUGCCACAGGUCUGGGGGGUGAGGGAGGGGUAGCUGCUACCUUGCUAAGAGCUAAAAUUGACUGCACUUAACCAUAUUUACUGUGCAAAGCUUCUCCUGGAAGUUGUAAGGAUUCGCCAAACUGUAGAAUUUCAAAAAAGUUACAUCAGACAGAUUCCAUCAGUGCAAAUUUUAUCUAGGUAAGGAAACAGUUGGCUGGCAUUUCCUAUUCUGCCACCUUCCUAGAAUCCUCACUUCACUUGUCUUUUGUAUUAUUUUAGUAGAAGCACAGUUUGUGAUUCAGUCAACUACAGAGGGACACAUAAGAGACAUUCGCAUAGGAUGCUUCUUUAUUUGAGAUACUUUGUCUGCUAUUAUUAAUGUUUCAAAAAAUUCAAGUUAAUGUAUCAAAAUAUUUAUGUUAUAAUUCUAUAAAGUCUAUAGAGGCUAAAUAUAUUGCUGAUAUUAUUUCCUCCAAAAAUUACUGUGCUCUGUUAAAAACAAAGUCUGGGAAGGCAACUGAGGUCAGAUUAUAGAUUUCUUAAUCUCAGUAGCAUUUGGUUCAGUUUAUAUUCAGAGACAGGUUUUAAACAGAGGCAGCCAUAUUUAGCUUGAUUAACCACUCAUUGACUGAAAUUAAUUUUUUUAAUUUUUAUUAGUUCAUUUAAAAAAUGAAUAAUAUAUGAACAUAGGAAGCUUCAAAAGGUAAAAGAUGAUAUACUGUCUAAAUGUCCCUCCUUGGUCUUCAGUCUUCUCUCAAAGAUAAUCACUGUUAUGAGUUUCUUACAAUAUAUCCCAAAAAUAGUCACAGCCAGUGUGAGAAUAUAUGUGGAUAGGUAUAUUUAUAUAUGUUUGUAUUAUGUGUUUGCAUAUAAACAGAAAUCGUAACAUGAAGAAAACAUCCCACACAGUCCUGGACAGUUGGGUUGUCUCACAACCAGAUUUCUGGCAGCAAGAGGAAUGACUUUUCCUGGGGCCUAAGGGGUGUCCCCAGUGACAGAUGGCUGUAGCACUGGCUCUAUGGGCCACCCACUCCCAAAUAGUUUUUACUGCCACUCACUGAGGCAUGGUAAGCCAGCCUGUUCCCAUUUUACCAUGGAAGAAGAACUCAGUGAAAAUAAAGAAUUAGAAUGGAGUAAAAUAAUGAUGACGGUACCCAUAUCUGGUAGUUCUUUGUAACUCACUUAAUGACUACCAGUAAAGCAUUCCCUUUUUGAUAAAGGGAAUUAGAAGUCUAGGACUUAGGGGGCAUUCCCAAAUCAAAAAAGAAAGCUCUGGAAGUAGACUUUUGGGUCUACUCUGCCUGCUGUGAUGAUCGUCAUGGGCCACAUGGGCCGUUGCUCACACUUGGAGAGCUACCAUCUGAAAUAAGGAGGCCAGAGGAGCGACUUGGCAUCUUUGAGCUGCACAGAGAGGGCUGUUGUUGAGGGGGUUUGUGAUAGUGGAUUGAGAGAGGUGGAGGAGGAAUAUUUAGGCAGUCUCUAUGCCUCCCUAAGGAGAGGUGGAGAGGAAUAUUUGUAGGAAGAGAAGUUUCCUGAGGCACCAGAGUUGAUUGCCCUUUGGUUCUGCCAUCUGGGGACUGGAACCCUCCCUCCACUCUAGGAAUCCCUCACUACCACUACCACCACCAGCCCUCUUUCAGCUUGGAACUGUUUCCUUUUCACAACAAGGAAUUUGUUCAUUCUUUCGUGUGUCCAUCCAUCCAUUCAUCCAUCCACUGAUUCAUUUAUUGAGACUUAUAACAGACCCUCUGGGCCAAGAAAAGCAUUUGACGCUGGGAGUUCGAAGGUGUAGAUGCUGAGGGUUCCAAGGUGUGGAUGCUGAGCGUUCUUAGGUAUAGAUUCUGGGGGUUCCAAGGUGUAGAUUGGGGCUCCAAGGUGUGGAUGCUGAGGGUUCCCAGGUAUAGAUGCUGGGGGUUCUGAAGUGUAGAUGCUGGAGUAUAGAUGAUAAGUUCUGAAGCAAACCACACCGUAGCCCUGCUCUCACUGCCCUGACUGGGAUUAUUAAUGGGGGUACAGACAAAUUACGGGUGGUUAGGGACAGUGUGAGAAGUGUUGUGACAACAGAGAUGCUGAGUGCACAGAAGACAACGGGCCACAGUCCAGCUUGGGGUGCCCAUGGGAAGACUGCUAGAGGUAUAGCCAGGUUUGGGGAACAUUCCAGCAGAGGGAGCAGAAGAUACCCAGUGGUGGGAAAGAGCUGGCUCCUUAGAGGAAUGACAGGCUGUUAACCUACCCAGAAUGUCAGGUAUAAGAGGCAGCCCAGAUAAAGUGCAGGGCCAGAGCAAAGGGGUCUUGUCAGGCCAGGAAAGGGUGUAGACUUGACACUGGGCAGUGUGGAACUAUUGAGGCUUCAUGAGGACUCAGUCUGGUGGUUUUGUAUUCAGAAAGCUUGGGAUAAAAGCCACCAGGUGUGUGCUUUGCCAUCUUCGGGCCUUACAGCAGAGCAAAGCAUGGCUGCUGGAGGGAGGUCAUGUCCAUAUGUCUGAAGAGUCCCAUGGUUCCUUCAGGGCCCAGCACUGUGGGAGAGGAGAUCCACAUUCCAAGCUGGGCCCUGCCUGGCUCAGCCUCACAGAACAGAGUCAAGCCCAGGCCCACAGGGGAGUGUCUGUUGCACCCAGCACGGAA